AAACAUGGCCACAAAAGAGCUGCAGAUAGAUAAACUGAAAAAGCAGGACAGUUCUACGUUUAACUGUUUUGCAUUAUACAACACUAGCGCUUUCAGGAGAGACCUAAAUAGAAUUGCCUUCCAUGGCUACCACCAUCAAGCCCUUUUUCCCAUAUUUUCCUUUUCCGAAACAGAUUAUUGCAUCUAACUCUCCAUGGAUUUCCUGUAAACCCAUCUCAGAUUCAGUGGCUAAUUUGCCCGUUUCUCGCUUGGCUAGACAGCAAGGGCAAGUUGCAGUCUCUGUUUCGUUCAAUCCUUCGGGAAAUUUUGAUCUUUCUUUAUAUGAUGAUGAAGAAGAUUCCGCUUCAUUUUCACCUCCAAUGCCCCCAACUGAGGGUCGAUUUGAUGUUGUUAUCAAUAACGAUGUUAUUGGCCGUCUUGAUUUAUCCCCCUUUCACUCGGUUACAGGAAUUACUUCACCUUCAUCAGCUGAGCCUAAAGAAUUUCUUGAGCGUACAAUUGGAUUCACCAUUAACUAUACAAGAGAAGAUCAGCAUGAUCCUCGAGAACUAUCAGAAUUUCCUGAUAUAAGACUCUGGUUUGUGAGACUUGAUGCUACUUAUCCUUGGCUACCUGUCUUGUUAGAUUGGAGAGCUGGAGAGCUUGCCCGUUAUGCAGCCAUGUUAGUCCCUCACCAGAUGAAUAUGAAAAUGGGUGUUGUUUUUAAUCCUGAGGCAUUGGAAUUGUUUAUCAUGGAGAAAGUUUUCAUUGUAUAUUCUUGGUUGAAGCAGCAUAAUUUUCCAAAGCCUAGACUGAAGACGAGUGACAUGGCCAGGAUGCUUGGAUUUGGGAUAGGAGAUGAACUUUUUGAAUUGGUGGAUCAAUCCCCACCUGCUUUAUAAACAGGCAAUGCUAAAUCUGACAACUUUUUUCCAUAGGCUGAUCAGAAAUUUCCUAUGACGCCUCAUGAUGGAGUUUGAAGAUAUAUCGUAUAAGCUGCUGGGUGUCAAUUGGCAUCUUGAAGGAGCUGCAACCAACAGUCAGUCACUGCUGAGAAGCAGCUGCUUGGAAGAGAUCUCUGAAGCACCACACCAACAGACGCCGAGUUAUGCCAUAUACAGCUAUACACUCUUAUGAGUGCUUGAUUCUUUGUACCUUCAGCAGUAGAUUUGUGCAACCUUUAAUGAACUUCAGAAUCCAGAUAAAAGAAAUAAGAAAUAUUUAAUGCAAUGUGCAUUAGAAGAUUUUCGUUGAAAAUAA